AUGGUGGUACUUGAAGCGAAGAAGCUGGAAACGGAGAAAGAAGUUCGUGUUGUGUUGCCGGAAGAGAAAUAUCUGGCCGGCCUGGAAAAAAUCAUCGUCCGAGAUUAUUUUCCGGAGUUGCCCAAACUUCGAGCGCAAAAAGAAUACUUGGAUGCUGUUGCAUCGAACGAUUUGACGAAGAUUCGAGAACUUCAACUACGAUACAGUACGAGGCGAACAGAUAGGCGCACCUCUCCGGUCGUUCACACGCCGGCCGAAUUCGAUCCGAGUACUCCCGGGCCAAGUUUGGCGCACACGGAGUCACAAGUUGGAAGAGAAAGCGAUGCUAAAACAUCUGUUGAUAAACAUCCAAAAUAUACUAGUGUAAUGUACGUAAUUGCAGAAGAAGAAGGGUGGCGACGAAAAGCUUACAGUGGAUUCCUAUCUGAACAAGUACACAAGCGAGGAUAA